AUGAGCCCUUACAUUUACCCAAUCAUACUUAUAGGCAUACUAUUAGGCACAACUGCCACUAUGAUUAGCUCACACUGGCUACUUGCAUGGAUAGGCCUUGAAUUAAGCACCAUUGCAAUCAUCCCCAUUAUGGCACACCUUCACCACCCCCGAGCAGUCGAAGCCACUACCAAGUACUUUCUAGUCCAGGCGGCUGCAGCGGCCCUCCUACUAUUCGCCUCCGUAACUAACGCCUGACUCUGCGGGGAAUGGUUCAUCCAACAAAUAACUCACCCCCUCCCAACAACAAUGAUCAUCCUAGCGCUAGCUAUAAAACUGGGCCUAGCCCCCCUCCACGCCUGGCUUCCAGAGGUACUGCAAGGACUAGACCUUAUAACCGGCAUAAUCCUAUCAACUUGGCAAAAGCUCGCCCCCAUGGCCCUCCUCAUUCAAAUUCAACCCCAAGACCCAACAAUCUUUAUCGUUUUAGGACUCGCCUCAACCCUUAUUGGGGGCUGAGGGGGCCUAAACCAGACUCAGCUCCGAAAAAUUUUAGCAUAUUCAUCAAUUGCUCACCUGGGAUGAAUAAUUUUGAUUAUCCAAUUUGCCCCCUCCCUCACACUCCUUAGUCUGCUAAUAUACUUCAUCAUAACCAUUUCCUCCUUCACGAUCUUUAAACACCUCUCUUCCACUAGUAUCCCCUCCCUCGCAACUUCCUGGUCGAAAGCCCCUGCUCUAACAGCCCUAGCACCCUUUACACUACUCUCCCUAGGGGGCCUUCCUCCCCUCUCGGGCUUCGCCCCAAAAUGGAUAAUCUUACAAGAACUAACGAAGCAACAACUUCCCCUAAUCGCAACUGUGGCAGCACUGUCCGCACUCCUAAGCCUUUACUUUUACCUACGCCUGACAUACUCAAUGUCCUUGACAAUUUCCCCAAAUACCACCCUAAACUCUGCCCCCUGACGACUCCUCCGCCAGCAUAACACUCUCCAUAUCGCCCUCCCCACCACAAUGACAAUUCUGCUCCUCCCCCUUACACCUGCCGCUCUUACCCUCCUCUCCUA